UUCAUUACUGAAUUACUCAUUUCAGAUAAAAAUUCUGUUACAUCGAUAAAAUGCGGUGCCAUUACGAGGUCCUGGGCGUUAAACAAAAUGCCACUAAUGAAGAACUCAAGAAGGCCUAUCGGAAGAUGGCCUUACAAUGGCAUCCAGAUAAAAAUCUUGACCAGUUAGAAGAGGCAAAGAAGCAAUUUCAGCUUGUUCAGGCAGCAUAUGAAACGCUGAGUGACCCUCAAGAACGAGCGUUUUAUGACCGUAACAGAGACAGUUUUCUAAGAGAAAGAGCCUCGGGAGGCUGGAGCCAGUACUGGACAACAUUGAUGUAUGAGUACUUUUCCUCUCAGUGUUACUCUGGUUUCAAUGAUUCAGAAAAAGGAUUUUACACUGUUUAUAGACAACUGUUUGAGAGAAUUGCAGUUAAUGAUCUGAAUUAUAUGGAUGAAGAAGAUGACAUCAUAAUUCCAAGCUUCGGACAUAGUGACAUGGAUUUAGAGGAGGUUGCUCGAUUUUACACUUACUGGUCAGGGUAUUGUACUUCAAUGGCUUUUGAGUGGGCUGAUGAAUUUGACAUAAGAGAAGCUCAUCAAAUGGGACGUUGGGUGGAGAAGAAAAUUGAAAAAGAGAACAAUAAAGCCCGUCAGAAAGCUCGUAAGCAGUUUAAUGAAGAAGUUAGGGCUUUGGUGGCCUUCGUUCGCAAGAGGGAUAAACGCUGGCUGGAGCGUAAGAAAUUACAAGCUGCCAAAGCUGAGGAAAAAGCUAAGCGGCAAAAAGAAGCUCAGGACAGAGAAAGGGAAGAAAGAAAUAAACAAAUGGAAGAAAGUAUCCAGCAAGAAAGGGAAAAUAUGGCUGCAUAUGAAGAACAGUUAAGGGAAAUGGAGGCCCGGUUUGCAAAGGAAUGGGGAAUAACUGAAAGUGAGGAGAGUGAUUAUGAUGAUGAAGAGGCCCUGGUCAGUCAGGAUGCUGGUGAUGGGGUGGCUGAACUUGGUGACGACGAAGAUAUCGCCGACUAUCUUAUUGAUAAUCUCUAUUGUGUUGCUUGUAAUAAAACUUUCAAGACUGACAGAGCGAUGGAAAACCAUGAGCGAUCAAGGAAGCACCGAGAAAACGUGGAGUCACUGAAGGUAACAAUGCUGGCAGAAGAGAAGCAACUGGAAGAGGAACAACCUGUAGAAAACACUUCACGUCUUGCUGAUAGCGGAUCAGCUGAUGAUGAAACCACAACAGCAUCCAUGCCAAAAUCAAGGAAAAAAAAGAAGAAGAAGAAACAGAGUUCUACAGAAGAUGUCACCCCCCCACUUACCUCUACUAGCAAAGCCGGUGGAAAAUCAAAGAAGAAGAAGAGACAACAGUUAAUCUUGGAAGACAGCUCAGAUUCGACCCCUGAUACAGAAAAGUUAGAUUGUAGCGACAGGACCACAGUUAACGGCCAUGAAAACUCAGAGGACAGUAGCCAGAAUAAAGACAUAGACAAAGAAUCUAGAGACGAUGUUAAAGAGCAGAGUGAUCAAGAAGUAUCCUCAAAGGCAAAGAAGGGAAAGAAAGCAAAAGAAGAAAGAAGAAGAGCUAGAGAAGCAAAUGCAGCUUCUAAACCACCAGAAACUAUUGAGCUACGUUGUACUAUUUGUGGGGCUGAGUUCCCCUCAAAGAACAAGCUUUUCACUCAUAUAAAGGCAGAAGGACAUGCAGCCCUAAAAACUACUGCUGGCAAUUCUCAGUCUGGGAAAAGAAGCAAAGUGCGUGCUAAAUAAGUAAGUAUAUGAUAUAUUAAAAUAUAUAGCUGUUUUACUAAUUUAAAUAAAACUUUGUUGUGAAA